UCCAUCUCUUCAUCCAUCUUUCUUUUUACAUCGUGCUGUGUGUCGAUAUAGUGUAAUCAUCUGACACAAACAAGAUGCAGAUUUUCGUUAAGACCCUUACGGGCAAAACCAUCACUCUUGAGGUGGAGCCUUCUGAUACUAUCGAAAAUGUUAAAGCCAAGAUUCAAGACAAAGAAGGAAUUCCUCCAGAUCAACAGCGAUUGAUUUUCGCCGGCAAACAACUGGAAGAUGGUCGCACUUUGUCCGAUUACAAUAUCCAAAAAGAAUCGACUUUGCAUUUGGUGUUGCGUCUUCGUGGUGGUGCCAAGAAACGCAAGAAGAAGAAUUACUCCACACCCAAGAAGAUCAAGCACAAGAGGAAGAAGGUCAAACUAGCUGUCCUCAAGUACUACAAGGUCGAUGAAAACGGUAAAAUUCACCGUCUGCGACGUGAAUGCCCUGGCGAGAAUUGUGGCGCUGGAGUCUUUAUGGCUGCCCACGAAGAUCGUCAUUAUUGCGGCAAAUGCAACUUGACCUUUGUCUUCAGCAAACCAGAAGAAAAGUAAAGUGGAAUUCGAAAACAAGAGAGAGAGUUGUUUUUUUAAAUGAAAGGAAUACAUUAUUCCGGUUUUUAUAAAAAUGAGAGUUGAAAUCAAAUAAAAAAACAUUGGUUUUGAGAGCUAAAAGAAA